AUGGGUGACGGACAAAGUGAAAAUCAGCCUCUAUUAAGAGAUGAGGAUGAGAAUGUCAGCACUAUCUCUCCAAUCGGGCCUGAUGAGCUACCACCGCCGUACCAGCAAGCUGGCCUACCGAUGGUUACUUGCCGGGUUUGUCAAGCGAUGAUUGAUAUAUCAGGAAAGAGGGAACAGCAUGUAGUAAAAUGCUCUGAAUGUAAUGAAGCCACACCAAUUCGAAAUGCUCCACCAGGCAAAAAGUAUGUACGUUGUCCCUGCAACUGCUUGCUCAUUUGCAAGUCCUCGUCGCAGCGCAUCGCAUGCCCACGCGCCGACUGUAAAAGGAUUAUAAACCUGGCACCUUCGCCUGUCACUCCACCAGUGCCCACAUUGCCUGGCAUGUGUAGGGUCAUUUGUGCUCAUUGCCAGGACACUUUUCUGUAUCAGCUGUUAAAGAAUGCUCCGGUACGAUGCCCGCACUGUCGUAAGGUGUCAUCAGUUGGAGCAAAAAUGCGUCGAGUGAGGGGAACUAUUUUCGCGGUACUGGCCUUAAUCGUACUGGCCAUAGCCCUGGGAGUCACCUUUGGUACCUGGUCAGCUGCUAAAAGCCACGGUGGCGGUGUUUAUGUGGCCUACGUGGGCGCUUUUGUCCUUGCAUUGUUAUUAGGAAGUCGCGCCAUCUAUUAUUUCGCUAUGAAAGUAAGUCACAUUGAAGGACCCAUGUAG